AAUAGACUCCAAAUCGUGACAAACUCUACCAAUUUGCACCAGAAGAAAUUUUAUAGGGAGCUCUCUAUAAAACACCAAGUGGGGUGCCAAUUGUCACAUCACGCACGACGUGUGGAGAUCUUUAAGCGGAUCUUCACAACAUACUUUGAGAUUCGUGAAGGACACACUUACAUCCCAACCACAUUUACCUGAGCAAUCAGCUACCGGCAACGGACUCACGACUCUCCGUGCCUCGUCAUGGCGGCUUUCCUGCUGAAAUUGUUCCUCCUCGGCCUCGGAACAUUCCUCUUCUCAGGGGCGUUACGGGCACCGGCGGCGGCGGGUGCUGGCACCGCCUUCAUCCUCGAGAACAAUUGUCCUUAUACCGUAUGGCCCGGCGCAUUGUCCGGCAACGGCGCCGUCCUCCUUGGUAAUGGCAGCUUCGAGCUCCCACCCAACGCCACCAGCUCCUUCUCCGGCCCACCUGGCUGGUCCGGCCGCUUCUGGGCCCGUACCAGCUGCCUAUUCGACUCCUCCUCUGCCAACGGGUCCUGCGCCACCGGUGACUGCGGUGGAGCCCUCCGCUGCUCUGUCGGUGGCGCCCCGCCGGUAAGUCUCGCCGAGUUCACCCUCGGCGGCGGUGACGGCGCCAAGGACUUUUACGACGUGAGCUUGGUCGACGGCUACAACGUUGGCAUCGGGGUGCGCCCCUCCGGGGCGGCCGUGGGGGGCAGCUGCCGGUACGCGGGGUGCAUGGCGGACGUGAACGCGCGGUGCCCGGCGGAGCUGCGGGUGGCGUCGGAGUCCGGGGAAACGAUGGCGUGCCGGAGCGCGUGCGAGGCGUUCGGAUCCCCAGAGUACUGUUGCACGGGAGCCCACGGCUCCCCGACGACGUGCGGGCCGACGCGCUACUCGCAGCUCUUCAAGGCGGCGUGCCCGGCGGCGUACAGCUACGCCUACGACGACGCCACGAGCACGUUCACGUGCGCCUCGGGCGCCGCAGACUACACCAUUACCUUCUGCCCCUCCACCAGUUAGCUCUGUGGCGAAGGCACCGAGUUUAAUACACCUGUAGUUAGGACGUGACCUAAAUAAAGAAAGAAAAUUAAUGUUUAUCGAUAUAUGCCCAUUUUAAAUCUCGUUAUAUUAUUAUUACAUCAUCAUCGUAGCGUAAUUACACUAAUCAUCAAUCGUCGGUUCUACGCUCGCUCCUACCACGUGCAGCGUCAUCCGUCGCCAUCUACCUUCCCCUUCCCCUCCCUUCCUCCUCCUCCUCCCCCGAUCGCAUCCGCGGCUUUGCUCGCCUCGCCGUCCACCACUCCCCGUCUUCAUCGCCAUCUUCAAUCCCUCGUCGCCUGUCUUUCUCAUCCUUGCCGCGGCCAGCAACAGCUAUCCGCAGCCAAUUCUCCGUUUUGUGUCGCGAGUGACCAACUCGUGGUCAUGAAUGUCGAGGGAAAACGCGACAACCUCGUCGCGAAUAGCGAGGACGAGAGGGCGGAUCCCGUCGCUAGGUACCGUGGUGCGUCACCCACGAGGCCAUCUCCCAUCGCUACGCCAUCGAUUCAGCCACUACUCGCCAUCCGAAGCGGCCCUUUCGUCGCAACCCUCACCUGCGACACCCGUGCGAUCGUCGCCCAUGGCAGGCCACCAGCGAGAAGGGGCGGGCGGCUAGGGAGGUGGGGGAAGGGAGGACGGACGACACCAUUCGCGGUGAGAGCAGGGGCGACGGAGGG